GUGAUGUUUACUUGAAAAAUAUGAAACGAUUGACGCUGGUAGAAAAGGACCCUGUUGUCACUUGUGGCUAGAGUUCCGUUUCCUGGUUGACUGACGCUGGUGAGAACGAGAGAUCAGACAGUCAGAGUGUGUGUGGGAGAGAGAGACACACUUCGCGUGGUUUCAAAGCUGUCAGAACGGCACUGUUCUGAACUGGAAAUGGGAGAAUCUACUCGCCGCUUCACCAGAGGGCUGUUCAAACCCGGGACAGCUGCAGAAAUCCGACAGAGUGCCUCGGUAGCUGUCAAAAGACCAUCUCUGCUUGUGCAAGAGAAGCCUAAAAUCAUUGAACCGCUGGACUAUGAGGCAAUCAUUGAAGAAUGUGAGAGCCAAAUUCAGGAUCAUCCACUAAAAGAUAUGCUGCUCUUCCCAGACGAUGAUUUCUCAAUAUCAUCAAUUCCAAGGGAAAGACGUACCGUAUGUUCCACAGUGCCUGAAGGGGCGGAAAAUGAGGCAGAAAAUCUCCUUGUAAGACAGGCUUGCAAAUACUACAAUUCAAAUUGGAAUACAGUGAACUACAAAUAUGAAGAAUAUUCAGGGGAUCUUAAACAGUUACCUCGGAAACAGUUUAGACCAGAUAAACUGCCUUCACAUACAUUUGAGAUUGACCAUGAUGAUGUUGAGAAAGAUGAGGACACUACAUCUCUAUCCUCUUCAAAAGGAGGGGGUGGUGGUGGAGGAGGAAUGAGCAUUUUCAGGUCUGGCUGGCUUUACAAAGGGAAUUUCAAUAGCACUGUGAACAACAGCAUUACUGUCCGAUCCUUUAAAAGGCGUUACUUCCAGCUAACACAGUUAUCAGAUAACUCAUACAUUAUGAACUUUUACAAAGAUGAAAAAAUCUCGAAAGAACCUAAAGGUUGUAUCUUCCUGGACUCUUGUACAGGUGUCCUUCAGAACAGUAAACUUCGUCGGUAUGCCUUUGAGUUGCAAAUGAACAAUGUGACAUACUUUGUGCUGGCAGCCGAUAGUGAGCAGGAUAUGGACGAUUGGAUUUCCACCUUGAACCGAAUCCUCCAGAUCAAUCCAGAAGGAUCUGUUCAGGAAAGAAAAAGUGUGGACCUCACAGAUGUCAAACAUGAUGAAACUCUGGAGGAUGAAGUGACAGAUGUUGGCUCAAAUGAUGUAAUUGAUUCUACAGAGGAUGCCAUCCAUCCAGAAUUAGCAAAGUACAUUGCAGAAACAGAAGAGACUAUUAAGAUGUCCAGAAAUGAAGAGCGAUUGAAUCUGUUUUCCCUUGACCCUGAUAUACCAAUCCUCAAAACGCAGAAAUCAGACAUUUCACUCAAUGAAUUGCAAAUGAAACCAUCUGAUCAGAAGCUGGGCAAGCGAAUUAUGGUUGUGUGCAGAUCUCUUGCCUUAAAUCUUCAGGCUUGUGUCAGUGAUAUAGAGGGUGAUCAUCCAACCAAUAUUGAGCCAUUCUUCAUCAGUCUUGCCCUGUUUGAUGUUCGAGAAAAUAGAAAAAUAUCUGCAGAUUUUCAUGUGGAUUUAAAUCAUGACAAUGUCAGGCAGCUGAUUGCUGGUACAGUGUCAGUGAGAGAAAAUGGAGGGAAAAAUUCUCCUGUGAAAACAUCUGAGGAAGACAAAUCAGGGGAACCUCAAUUAAAAAAGAUCCCGGAGGGGUGGUUGCAGUACCCUAAAAAGGCUAUUUUCUCCGUAUCAAACCCACAUAUGGACAUUGUGCUGGUGGCAAGAAUAGAAAAAGUAUUAAUGGGAAAUAUUUCCAGUUGUGCUGAACCCUACAUUAAGAGCUCGGAUUCCAGCAAGACUGCACAGAAGAUUCUAAAGACCAACAAACAGUUUUGCAAUAAAUUAGCCAAGUACCGGAUGCCAUUUGCUUGGGCAGUGAGGUCAGUAUUCAAAGACAAUCAGGGAACAAUAGAUCGAGACUCUCAGUUCUCUGCUCUCUUCAGGCAAGAGAGCAGUAAGAUUUCUACUGAGGACUUACUAAAAUUAAUAAUGGAGUUCAAAAGAGCAGAUAAAAUGACCAAAGUACAGACCAUUCCAGGCAGUCUUGAUAUCUCGGUGGAAUCUGUUCCCAUUGAGCAUCCAAAUUGUGUUAACCCAUCAUAUGUGCCUCUUACACCAUUCAAAGACCCAAAUACAUAUGAACCUACCAUAGAGGUGGAAGAGUUUGUGCAAGAGUCUGCAAAAUAUUCUCAACCACAUACAAUAUACAAAAACCAUGUUUAUAUCUACCCUAAGCAUUUGAAAUAUGAUGGUCAAAAGUAUUUUGCCAAGGCAAGAAAUCUAGCGGUGCGUAUUGAGUUCAAGAGUUCAGACGGAGAAAGUGCUCAACCAUUGAAAUGCAUUUAUGGAAAACCAGGGGGAUCACUGUUCACUACUGCAGCACAGACAACAGUCCUACAUCAUUCCCAGAACCCUGAUUUUUAUGAUGAGGUGAAAAUUGAGCUUCCUACUCAACUGAACAAGAAACAUCACAUUCUUUUUUCAUUUUAUCACAUCAGCUGUGACCUUGCUACAAAAGGUGGUUCCAAAAAGAAAGAGGUGUUAGAAACACAAGUUGGAUACGCCUGGCUACCUCUCAUGAAAGAUGGCAGACUUGCAUCUCAAGAGCAUUCGUUACCUGUAGCAGCCAGUCUUUCUCCCGGUUACCUUGGUAAUCAGAAUGUAACACCAGGAAAGGCCAGUGGAUCUGAUGUUAAGUGGGUUGAUGGAGCAAAGACACUCUUCAGAGUCUCUGUGCAUGUAGUUUCCACAAUCUAUACUCAGGAGGAAAGACUGAACAACUUUUUUCAGGAGUGCCAAAAGCAAGAAAGUAUGGGAUUGCAACCUUCAUCCUCAGAUUUUGUCAACUGCAUAGAGGGUCUACUUGGCAUUGAAAAAAUCCACGUGAUUGUACGUUUCCUUCCUGUUCUUCUAAAUCAAUUGCUCUGCAUCCUGGUACAGCAUGAUGAAAAUCAAGUUACUACUGCCACCAUCAGGGCAAUUAUUAACAUUGUUGCUAAGUGCCAUGAAGAGCAAUUAGACAUUCACCUCCACUCAUAUAUUAAGUUUGUUUUCAAGGCUGAAUUUUCUGAAAUGAAGCAGCAAACAGUUCAUGAAGUGCUUUUGAAAGGCAUGACUAAGGUCCUGACGUCUGCUGAUGCCACUGAUGUUAAACAUUUGCUAAAGCAUUCAUGGUUCUUCUUUGAAAUUGUUACAAAGUCAAUGGUGCACUAUUUGGUUGACGAUGACAAGAAGCUGCAGGUGAAGCGGGCUGAAAGGUUUCCAUCAUCCUAUCUUAACGUAAUGGAAACGCUGGUGUCAACUCUGGGUGAACUAAUUUACAAAAAAUUCAAAGACGCAGAAGACGAAACCAGGGAGGCAAACCAUUAUCUUGCCAAGUUUGUAAAGAAAUGUUUUACCUUUAUGGACAGAGGAUUUAUACUCAAGCUGAUUGGUAGUUACGUGCACAUCUUCAAUCCUGGAGACCACAAGACUCUGUUUGAAUACAAGUUUGACUUUCUUCAUGAAGUUUGCAACCAUGAGCACUUCAUUCCUCUUAACCUGCCAAUGCUGCUUUUGAAAAAUAGGUCUGGAAAAGAAGGCAUGCAACCAGAAUACACCUUGACAAAUGAAUUCUGUCGUAGUCAUUUUCUCAUUGGGUUGCUACUCCGUGAGGUUGGAUUUGCACUUCAGGAAGAUCAAGAUAUUCGACAUCUGGCUAUUGCUGUUCUUAAAAAUCUGAUGGCCAAGCAUUCCUUUGAUGACAGAUAUGCAGGAAAGAGUCAGCAGGAACUGAUAGCAACAUUGUACCUACCAUUAUAUGGAAUAAUUCUUGACAACCUUCCACGAAUCUUUAUGAAAGAUAUGUUCCCAUUCAAUCUCAGUUCUUCCAAUCAGGGUUCCAGGGAUGACUUGAGUACCACUGGUGGAUCACAAAAUCAAUCAACCACACCAACAAGAAAUACAAAUUCCCUGGAAAGUUCAGUUUCAAAAGAUGUUUUGAAUUCAAUAGCAGCUUUCUCGUCUGUAGCUAUUUCGACGGUAUCCCAGACAGACUCCAGAGGAUCCCUUGGCAGCCUGGAUUCUACCUCCGGUGCAUGUGAGAAAUCAAAUGAAAAGCUUGAUUCUUCUGAGAAGGCUCAUUCAAGACCAUUGUCUUUAAUUGGCUCAGCUAUUCGAUUCGACAAAUUAGAUCAAGCUGAAAUGAGAAGUCUGCUUACGUGUUUCCUUCACAUUAUGAAAACUGUUUCUGAGGUGAUUCUUAAAGCCUAUUGGUGCAAAGCACCAUACUCAGAACUAAUGGAUUUCUUCAAUAUUUUAGAAGUUUGUAUUCAACAUUUCAGAUUUCUAGGCAAGAGGCACGUGGCAAGAAAAUUAGCUGCUGCAGCUAAACUCGCACAAGCCAGCCAGGGGAAUGGAACUCUGAAAGGGUCUAAUCCUACUCAUCAAAGUACUGGUCUUCUCUCUCAAUGGAUACAUUCAGGCCAUGAUGGACAUAGACAUGGGAGGUCUCAGACAAUGCCUAUAAUACGUGGAAAGAAUGCACUUUCAAACCCCAAACUGUUGCAAAUGAUGGAUGCUUCCAACAUAAUGUCUAAUGGUUCUCCAACUGAGAUGGAUACCUUGCUGCUUAUAGAUGUAGAAGCAAAUAUCGCAACAGAAGUUGGCAUUACAGUGCUUGAGAUCAUCUGUCUUUUUACUCAGGCCCAACAGAAACAAUUGCAACAGGAUGAUGGACAGAAUUCCACAAUGAAGAGAGUUUUUGAUACCUAUUUGCUGUUCCUGCAAGUUAAUCAAUCAUCAGCCGCUCUGAAACAUGUGUUUGCAGCUCUUCGACUAUUUGUUUUCAAGUUCCCUUCAGCUUUCUUUCAAGGUCGUGCAGAUCUCUGUGGAAUGCUCUGCUACGAAAUCCUAAAAUGUUGCAACCACAGGUCAAGUUCAACUCAAAGUGAAGCUUGUGCCUUGCUGUAUCUUUUUAUGAGGAAGAACUUCGAAUUUACGAAAGGAAAAUCAAUAGUUAGAUCUCACCUUCAGCUUAUCAAAGCUGUAAGUCAACUGAUAGCAGAUGUGGGAAUGGGAGGCACUCGGUUUCAACAGUCACUGGCGAUAAUUAAUAAUUUUGCGAAUGGAGAUAAGGCCAUGAGUAAUACUUUAUUUCCUAUGGAAGUGAAGGACCUGACUAAGCGAAUAAGAACCGUGUUAAUGGCCACAGCUCAGAUGAAAGAGCAUGAGAAGGAUCCAGAGAUGCUGGUUGAUCUUCAGUACAGUCUAGCAAAUUCAUAUGCCAGUACUCCUGAACUGCGAAUGACUUGGCUUGAGAGCAUGGCAAAGAUUCAUAUACGAAAUGGAGAUGUGUCAGAGGCUGCAAUGUGCUACAUCCAUAUAGCUGCUCUUGUAUCCGAGUACCUGAAAAGAAGAGGUUAUUGGAAAUCAGAAGUGACUCGUUUAUCAACCACCUUCUCUGAAGAAUCAAAUAACCCUGACAGUAACCAAUUACUAACAUCAAAUGAAGGAAGAAGUUUGUUUUCAAUGGGAUGGUCAGCUUUCCAAACUAUUACUCCCAAUGUGAAAGAAGAAGGAGCAAUGAAGGAAGACAGUGGAAUGCAGGACACCCCAUAUACCGAGGAUACUCUUGUGGAGCAGCUGGAAGCAUGUGUUGAAUACCUGUGGAAAUCUGAACGGCAUGAACUGAUUGCCAAAGUCUACAAGCCUGUUAUUUUGGUUUAUGAAAAGAAGAGAGACUUUAAGAGAUUGUCUGAACUCUACUACACCAUUCAUCGAUCCUAUCAUAAGAUCACAGAGGUUGUACAUUCCGAAAAACGCUUGUUUGGAAGAUACUAUCGUGUCGCUUUUUAUGGACAGGCAUUUUUUGAAGAAGAUGACAGCAAAGAGUAUAUUUAUAAGGAACCCAAACUAACUGGGCUAUCAGAAAUUUCUCAGAGGCUAUUGAAACUGUACUCAGACAAAUAUGGAACAGAGAAUGUGAAAAUGAUCCAAGAUUCUAACAAGGUCAAUCCCAAAGAUUUGGAUCCAAAAUUUGCCUAUAUCCAAGUUACCUACGUCACACCGUACUUUGAUGAAAAAGAACUCACCGAAAGGAGAACGGAUUUUGAAAAACAUCACAAUCUCAAACGUUUUGUGUUUGAAACCCCUUUUACUCUGUCUGGUAAAAAGCAUGGGGGAGUAGAAGAACAAUGCAAAAGACGGACAAUUUUAACAACUGGCCAGACAUUUCCGUAUGUUAAGAAGAGAAUUCAAGUUGUUAACCAGCAAAGCACCGAACUGAAUCCUAUAGAGGUGGCAAUUGAUGAAAUGUCGAGGAAAGUUUCAGAACUAAAUCACCUUUGUUGUAUGAAUGAUGUGGACAUGAUUCGCCUACAACUUAAACUGCAGGGAAGCGUCAGUGCCAAGGUAAAUGCAGGACCCAUGGCUUACGCUUGGGCUUUUCUAGAGGAAAAGAAUGCAAAAAAAUAUCCAGACAACCAAGUUAAACUCCUCAAAGAAAUUUUCAGACAAUUUGCAGCUGCAUGUGGACAUGCUCUCGAGGUUAAUGAACGGCUUAUUAAAGAAGACCAAUUAGAAUACCAGGAGGAGAUGAAGUCCCAUUACAGGGAUCUGCUCAGCGAGUUGUCUACAGUCAUGAAUGAGCAGCUGAAUUAUACUUUCACUUCUUCCAACUUCUACUCUUCUCAGUCUAUUACCUCCUUCAAUACUGUUACCAAAAAUGGUUGCAUACGGGGAGGACACGACAAAGCAGCAAGGAGUGGAACGACAGCACGUGUUCCGAACAAUCAGUAGAACCUCCACUUCGAAUAACUUACCAGUCACAUCAAAUUCAGAAUAAUAUCACUCUCCCUUCAAUUGGUUGCCGUGAAUUAUAACUGUUGGCAGAUCUCUGAUACUGGGAAUGUUACAAGCUGCAAAAUAGAUGUAUCUGUGAAAUAAAGUCAAAUUAUUUUAUUGUACUGAACAGUUGCAACAAUCCCAGCCUGAAAUUCAACUUUGCAAAGUACCUGCAGUAUCUGCACUAUUUACUUGACAUUUUAUUGUUCUGUGACCUUUAUGACACCAAGUUGGAUAUGUGUAAUGCAUAAAAUAUGAAUGUACAGUGCUUGCAGUUAGCAGUAUACUACCUAGCUUGUUCUUCACUAGUACAAUUUUAAAUGGAAAUGUUGAUAUUUUAUAACCUUUAAAGAUCUUGAAAUGCUUUUAUUUGCUAUUUUAACUGUAAAUAUUGACAUUAAUAUGUAAAAAAAGAUAUUUUACAAUGAGAUUAAAUGGAUAUACUGAUGAGAGAAAUUUAACAGCAAAAUAACAUUUUUUUUAAACAAAAUAAAUAUGUAAAGUAUUUGUGUACAUACAUUGGAAACAUCUUAAAAUUUAUUUUUACAAACCUUUGUUGCUGAAAAUACCAUGAGUACUAUCGAAAGAAAAUGGUACCGAAAAGCACAAAACACAUAUCUCACUUGAAAGUUCAGACUCCCUUCUGAGUGUGUAUAUAUAAAGGAGUAGCAGAUAAUGGGAGCACUUUCAAAGUUAAAAUUUAAUGCAUACUUUAGCCAGCACAAUAAAUAAGCAGCCAUGAACUAUUGGCUCCUGAAUGCAAUCUGAAACCCACAAAUUCAUUAUACGUUUAAACAUCAUGGCUUUCCAUCUGUUAAUAUUUGUUAAAUAUCCCAGACAAUGCAGAAGUAUUAGUUUAGUUUUCUUUUAAUAAAUAAUUGUUAAUAACUAUUUUCAGCUAAGGCCCGGUGUCUGGAAGCUAUGAGAGGUUCUGUGAACAUGCCCUUAUUUUGUGCUUGCACAUGGCAUCGUUUUAUUUUUGUCUAAUGCUGACGUGGUUCUUGUGUUCAUUAUUAACUAUUUCUUCUUACCAGUAAAUGUGAUGUUUAAAUAAAUAAAUUUUUGGUUUUUUUGUUG